UUUGAUCCCGCCCUCUAAUUCCAGCCGGCCACUCGAUAAGAAGGAGAAGAAAAGAGGGGGAGCAAAGGAGAAGUUUUUCUUGUCCACGGAAGCUCGCCACCUGCUUCCCCUGCGGGCCUUCGUUCCUAAAGAAGGUUUCUUUCUCUCUAAAGAGUUUUUCUCCACGCGGCGAGCGGACGCCAAGGCCAUGGACGAUGACCUCCUGCGCCUUCUCUGACCGGUGUUUCGGCUCGCUUUUGCUGUUGGAGGACGUCUAGAGAGCUCGAGAUUUGGUCCAGAUCGGGAUCUGAAGGGGCGGCAGCGGAGGUGGAGGUGAUCAGCUGAGAAGUUGUAUUUACUAGGAAGAAUUAUAUCACGAAGAGCCAUCAAGUUUUAGCGAAGAUGAGCAAUUAUAAGCUGGGUGUGGAAGUUAUAAGUGCCCAUGACCUCAUGCCCAAGGAUGGGCAGGGUUCUGCUAGCCCCUGUGUUGAGCUUCAUUUUGAUGGCCAGAAGUUCCGUACCACCAUCAAGGAAAAAGACCUCAACCCUGUCUGGAAUGAGCGGUUCUACUUCAACAUUUCUGAUCCUGCUUCUCUCCAUGAUCUUGGGCUCGAAGCUUUUGUGUACAACAUCAACAAAGCCACGCAUUCCAAGUCCUUCCUUGGCAGAGUCCAGAUUGCUGGGACCUCUUUUGUGCCCUUCCCUGAUGCUGUAGUCCUGCACUAUCCAUUGGAAAAACGUGGAAUAUUUUCACGUGUGAAAGGAGAGCUUGGCCUCAAAGUGUUCCUUACUGAUGACCCCUCUGUAAAACCUUCCAACCCACUUCCAGCUGUCGAUCCUUUCCCAAAUAAUCCUCCUCCAAGUCAAAUGCAUCAGAUGCCUGCCCAAGUCCUAAAUCCAAACCCAAAUCCACCUCCAGGACAGAAGUCUGAGUCAAGGCACACCUUUCACAGUAUCCCGAAAGAGGACCACCAGCACCAUGCUGCAGCUCCAGUUAGUGAGCCAGUAAGGUAUGUGGCUGAGCAGAUGAAACCUGAGCCCCCACCCCCGAGAAUUGUCAGGAUGUACUCAUCAGCAUCAUCGCAGCAACCAGUGGACUAUGCACUCAAAGAAACAAACCCUUUCCUUGGCGGGGGACAGAUUGUUGGCGGCAGGGUCAUCCGUGCAGAGAAGCCAGCUAGUACGUAUGAUCUUGUGGAGCAAAUGCAGUACCUCUUUGUGCGUGUGGUCAAGGCACGAGACUUACCAGCCAUGGAUGUUAGUGGGAGUCUUGAUCCUUAUGUUGAGGUGAGAGUUGGGAACUACAGAGGGAUCACGAAGCACUUUGAGAAGAAGCAGAACCCAGAAUGGAAUGAAGUGUUUGCUUUCUCCCAAGAUCGGAUGCAGUCAUCAGUUGUUGAAGUUGUAGUCAAAGACAAAGAUCUUGUUAAGGAUGAUUUUGUUGGACUCAUACGCUUCGAUUUAAAUGAUGUCCCAACACGUGUCCCGCCAGACAGCCCACUGGCUCCAGAGUGGUACCGGCUUGAGGACAAAAAGGGUGAUAAGAGAAAGGGUGAAUUGAUGCUUGCAGUUUGGAUCGGCACCCAAGCUGAUGAGGCAUUUCCUGAUGCAUGGCACUCAGAUGCAGCAGCGCCUAUUGAUGCCUCUGCUGUUAGCUCUCACCUACGGUCGAAGGUCUACCAUGGACCCAGGCUGUGGUAUGUGCGUGUCAAUAUUAUCGAGGCCCAAGAUAUUAUUGUAGCUGACAGAACUCGCUUCCCAGAUGUAUAUGUGAAGGUACGAAUAGGAAACCAGUUUUUGAGGACGAAGGUAGUUCAAGCACGGACAUUCAACCCUCUUUGGAAUGAAGACCUCAUGUUUGUGGCAGCUGAACCAUUUGAGGACCACCUCAUCCUGUCCGUGGAAGACCGAGUGGGGCCGAACAAAGAUGAAGUGAUUGGCCGUGUUAUAAUACCAUUGGGAUCUAUAGAGAAACGAGCUGAUGAUAGGAUGAUCCACAGUCGGUGGUUCAGCCUUGAAAAGCCAGUUGCAGUUGAUGUGGACCAGAUGAAGAAGGAGAAGUUUUCUAGCCGGAUUCAUCUCCGUGUUUGUCUGGAUGGAGGUUAUCAUGUGCUUGAUGAGUCUACCCACUACAGUAGUGACCUGAGACCAACAGCAAAGCAGCUAUGGAAGCCAUCAAUUGGGUUGCUUGAGCUUGGCAUCCUUAAUGCUGAGGGGCUUCAUCCUAUGAAAACACGAGAUGGGAAGGGCACAUCAGAUACAUACUGUGUAGCCAAAUAUGGUCAGAAGUGGGUACGUACUCGCACCAUCAUCGACAGCUUGAGCCCAAAAUACAAUGAGCAAUACACAUGGGAAGUCUAUGAUCCAGCAACAGUUCUUACAGUUGGUGUGUUCGACAAUUGCCAGCUUGGUGGUGAGAAGGGUCCUGACGGUAAUAAAGAUGCUAAGAUUGGCAAGGUUCGCAUUCGUCUAUCCACCCUCGAAACAGGACGUGUGUACACCCACUCGUAUCCGCUUCUCAUUCUGCACCCUUCAGGCGUCAAGAAGAUGGGCGAACUCCACCUUGCAAUACGUUUCUCAUCCACAGCAUUCAUCAAUAUGAUGUAUACUUACUCAAGGCCUCUGCUACCAAAAAUGCACUACAUACGCCCGCUAACUGUGAUGCAGCUCGAUAUGCUACGCCACCAAGCAGUGCAGAUCGUGGCUGCACGAAUGAGCAGAAUGGAGCCACCCCUUAGAAAGGAAGUUGUGGAGUACAUGUCAGAUGUUGAUUCUCACUUAUGGAGCAUGCGCCGAAGCAAAGCAAAUUUCUUCCGGCUCAUGUCGGUCUUCUCAGGCUUGUUUGCAGCGGGCAAAUGGUUCAGAGAUGUGUGUGCAUGGAAGAACCCUAUCACGACCGUAUUGGUGCACAUUCUGUUCAUAAUGCUUGUGUGCUUCCCAGAGCUUAUACUUCCUACCGUAUUUUUGUAUAUGUUUCUGAUAGGGGUGUGGAACUAUCGGUAUCGUCCACGUUAUCCUCCACAUAUGAACACAAAGAUCUCUCAUGCGGAGGCUGUGCACCCAGAUGAGCUUGACGAGGAGUUUGAUACAUUUCCUACCAGCCGAAGUGCGGAGCUCGUGCGGAUGAGGUAUGAUAGACUGAGGAGUGUUGCAGGGAGGAUACAAACUGUGGUGGGCGAUGUGGCGUCUCAAGGGGAGCGUAUCCAGGCGCUGCUCAGCUGGAGGGACCCGCGGGCCACUGCAAUCUUUGUGUUAUUCUGCCUGAUAGCAGCACUGGUGCUGUACGUGACACCAUUUCAGGUACUUGCUGCCGUGGCAGGCUUCUAUGUCAUGAGGCAUCCAAGGUUCCGGCACAGGAUGCCAUCUGCACCACUAAACUUCUUCCGGCGUCUCCCAGCAAGGACGGAUAGUAUGCUGUAAAUGGGAAACAAAAUGGCUGGGUUGCUGCUCUUGUUUCCAUCAGUUUAGCUGCUCGUUCGUAAUUUACUUGCCCUUAUUUCUUUUUUAAGCUGUUGUUCGUGUAGUAGUUGAAGUUGGUGACGAUUACUGAAAAGCAUAAAUAAAUUAUUAGAAACUUUUGUGGCAUUGGCUUA